GCGGUGCCGGCGGACCCCGGAGGGGGCGGCUGCGGCGUGAGGAUGGUGCCUGGUGGGGGCGGCGAUGGCACAGCCGAUCUCCGUGGUGGCGGGCGAGGAGGCGGCGGGACCACGGGGGACUGGCUCCGUGACUCCGGCACAGCCGAUCUCGGUGGUGGCAGGCGAGGAGGCGGCGGUCUCUGCUUCACACCUGCGCCUGGAGGACUGGACUAUGUAAUGACCUGGUCAGUCGCAAAUUUAGCAACAGCAGUCACAGGAGGGAGAGGCAGAGGAGUUUGCCAUUGGCGUAUUGACAGAAGUCAGCACUUCAGAUCCCUGUUACUGCCUCAGAAAGAAAGAUCUUGUCAUAUUCACUUUAAUCUCCAGCAAGUGCCAAAUUAUGUCAACGUCAGUGUGAGAAGAUGCUUUGUCUCUUCCUUCCUUUCACUGGUGGCACUGACAAAAGACAAGGAAGACAAAACACCCAGCCAUGGUUUGUGUUCAGCUGGCAGCUACUCAAAGAGAAAAAAGGAUGGCAGAGCUCUCCCUCAGUGCAUCCAGACUGUUGUGAAGAGACAUCCAAGUAAAGGUUUUGAAGAGGCACAAACAUUAGCUUGACUGCUGUUACCCACUUGUGAGGAUUUCUGACAUUGCCUUUAAGUCACACUCCCCUUUUAAAUCAUUAAUGAGCAUCCUCCAAGCUGCUUCACCCUUCAAAGGUGACUACUACUCCAGGAAUUUUCUUCUUUUCUGAAAUACACUUGAAUAGACUGAGCAGACAUGUCAGCUGUGCCUUCUGGAUUUUUUUAAAUUUUUCCUGUUUCUGGUAUCAACACCAUUUUCAUCACCAGUACUCAUCCCUGUGACCCAGAAAGCAGCAGAUCACCUGUCUAUCCUGACACUUUGCAGUUACUCUUGAGGAGGCUGAGCUUCCAUCAGUCCCAGAACACAUAAGUUUAGGAGUCCAGGAGCCUGGAAGCCUGGGCCUGAGGCAGCCCUCCUGGCUUGUAGCAAAAGCCUCACUGAAAACAACACAUUCCUACAUAACAGUUUAAUUCAAUAAAAAAGUAUUUGCCAAUUCAAAAUACUUGGAAAGUAACUGAUUGGAUCUAAAGCCAAUACCCUCUCUCAGCAGCCCAAUGUGUAGAGAAAAGCAAAGAAAUACGAACAUACAAAAUCUGAGUUCAGAGCCGUUGCACUCCCCGAACACAGUCUGUGGAUCAGCAAUGUGGUCACAGGAGUGGCUCUGAAGGGCUGAACUUCCCUCGUCCAUCACCUGCCAAGGACAUGGCAACUCCACAUUUCUGGCAAAAUUCAGCAGUAUUCAGAAUUCUUACAACAACCAUAGAGAGCUACAUGCAAUGGAAACCAAGAGAUGCCCUGACCUACCUCUUGGCAAUAUGACUACUACUGAAACAAAAUUUGUUUUUUUCCCCUCAGUGCUGGCUAGUGCUUUAAUUUAACCCACAUAAUAUCACAUAGCCACGUCCAAGGAGCAAGUCUUCUCCUUGCUUCUGUUUUAAAUGUUAUCAACACGGCUAUACGUACAACCAUAUUCUAGAGCUUUUCAGGCAACUAUUGCAUAAUUCCACCUCUACUACACAAGGGCUUUAGCCGAGCUGCAUUAACUUCAUACUGCCUAGAUAUCUGUUCUCAUGUGGUUCAGAGAAGAAACAAUAGAAAUAUCCCACUGCUUGCUCCAAUGUUUUGUUCUCUUCAACUAAACAAGGCUCAUGAGUAAUACAGGAGGAAUGAGGGAUGUAUUUUUUUCUUGGAGCCCAACAAUCAACCUACAACAAGAGGACAAGGAGGCCUCUAGGGGACCUCUUACCACUGAGGUCAGUGUUGUAUUAUUAUUUUAACAGUCAUAAAAUCACUUUUAUGAUAUUUCUUUCCUUGUUUCUUUCCAUUCCCCAUUUGUCCAUCCAUAUACAUCAACUCUCUCAUGUAUCAGGCUGCACAAUCUGUAGUGCAGAGACCAUGUUUUCCUUGUGUUUAUACAGUGCCCAGUGCUUGAAGACUCUUCUCUAGCAAUAAAGGACACUUGGACAUACCUGGUGUCCAGUAACAGAAGCAGCUGACAGCUCUUAGCUUCCUCAGAAGAAAUGUAAUUGGUUUUAUGCAACAGCCACUCCAAGUACAACUGCAUUUUGCAAAGUACUUUUCUGACAGAUUUCAACCAGGCUAAAUGAUGGUUCUUCCUCUUGCGAAGUAUUCUUGGUUUUUGCUUUGCAUUUGGAUCAGAAAGCACUAAAGCACAAGGCCCUGCCUAAUGCCUAAUGAGAGGCCUCUGGAUCCACUCUCAAGAGCAUGUUCCCUCUCUGUGUACCUGCCUUGUCCCACCACAACUUCCACCCUCUUCCUCAUGGAUGGUCAUUCUCAGCUAAACCAUAGCCAUGUCCGGCCAUUUUGUGCAUGCCAAAGCCACAACUGGGGGCACUCGGCACAGCUGUCCACACACCUGGCAUGACCUGUCACAUCACUGUAACCUUGUGCUACAGAAGUUUUGCUGCCACUGCCAUGUAGCUCACUGGAAACAGAAGAAGAUUCGCAACUGAUAACAGUGUAAAUCAAAUAAUGUAACCUGAAUCCUGCUCUAUUAUAUGAUUAUCCAUUUACCUUUUAAUUGCUUGUAAUAAUUGGGUAGUGCCAAGUUAAUGAAUUUCACAGUAUGUGUCACAUAUCACCCUGUCAAAUAAUUGUUUCUUUUGCAGCUGUAACAAAACUAAGGGUAAGACUGUGAAAUUACUGAUAGAAGGCAGUUAACAGUGUCUACUCACCAUGGGAGAAAAGAUGCCUUCAAGAGACUCACUCCAUCAUUCCCUAAUCUUUAGCAAAUUACAACAAAUUAGCCUUUUUAUUUUUGGGAGAAAUACACCACAAAGCAGUUGCCCUUUGCAGAAGUCCCUGUGCUACCAGUGUGGUGUCACCAUGCUGUAUGCAUGGGCUGCUGAUUCUGGCACUGGCAACCACAGACCGGGAGACGAAAAGCUUGGGAAUGGGGCUUGGUGGUAUGCCAGAGAAGGUAGUUCCAUACCUUUCACAACUCUUUCCUUUCUCAGUGCACCUUCUGCGAAGAAGGAAGAAGCUAAGACAUUUUAUAUAAUUUGUUUUAAUCACUCUGUUAGCUUAAAUAGAAACAUGUCUUCCCAUAAUAAUAAAAUUCUAUAACAUACAGAGAGAAACAGGCAAGCACCAAAACCCCAAAGUCACUCUCGUGGGAAAAUAAGAUUGAGUUAGAGAGGAAAAGAGUCAGAAGUCAACAUACGGGAAGGUAAAAGGUGACAAUGCAGACAGCAAGAUGAUGGGAGAGGAAGCUGUAUUAUCAAAAAGUACCAGUAUUCAAAACGCAGCGAGCACUGUGCAGCCCCUUCUCUGCCACAGGAAAGGUUCACAAAGCAAAAUAAUGAGCACACGGGCUGCCUCAAUCUCCUGGCAGGAAGCUUCUCACCUUGUGCCCAGACAGAAAGCUUUGGGCAGUGAGAAGGUAGAGGCAUGGUGGCACCUGUUCAGGAACUAGCCAAGCUACUGCACACCCUGUCCCAGUUCAGUGCACAUUUGACUGGGAACCGAUGGUGACCUGGCUCUGAAAACCACAGGAAAGACCAUGUUUGCAACACUAGAAAAUGACCCCAUGCAGCUUUUCUGUUAGAAAUCACUUCUGACAUUCUUCUUGUGAACAGUGCCCAGUGAAUCCCAGCAGCACAGAAUGGGAGGUGCUGCAGCAGCGACCCCGACCACAGUCUUGGCUACCCCUGCCACCUGCAUUGACACAGCUCAGUCACAGAGAGCAAACCUUUUAUGCCAGGUACUGGUAAACACCACCCAGGGUGCUGGUGGCACCUGAGAUGGCUCAAAGCUCUGUGGUCCGUGCUAACAGUCAAAAAGUGUGUGCCACCUCCUGAGGACUCUACCUGUAGUGCCCUGGGCAAUUCAAAAGCCACUAUUCCCUCCUGCCUUCGUCUACCUAGGGGCAUUCAGGGAAAUUAAAUUACACUAACUGAAUUAAGAACAGAAAUCUGUUAAGAUAAAUCAUGCUUAGGCCUCUGAUGAAGAAUUGAAGCGUCAUUAGUUGCCUCCCUUACUACUCUAAUUCUCAGAAUGAGUGUCCAUACAGAGUUCUAAUGGGGUUUAAUUAAUUUUCCUUGAAAGGUAGCUUAGAUUAACUUUCUGCUAUUCCUCCUGUAGACAACUCAUGAAUUACAGUAUUAAAGGACCCUUACUCAAAGGAUUCUUGCACCAUGGGAACUCUUCCUGCUCAGUUUUUCAACAGUCAAAAUUUCUAUGCUAUCUUCUGUGCCAGAUUUGGUCUACUAGCCCAAAUGGGUCCACAAAAGACAUCUGUACAGAUGAAUGCAAGUAGUUAAAACCUUCUCCCUCUCUUACUCAACAAAGUUAUAGGGUCUGCAACUACAUACUAAUUCAAGUUAAGAAUUAUUUUACUGAUUUCACUCUAUUUUGAUAAGGAUUAAGGAUUUGCCUACCAAUGUACUUGUACUGAUUGUAAUAGACAAAAAAUCUUUUUCCUAUAACAGAUGAAUGUUAUGCCUUGUUAAAAAUCCCAGCAAUACAAAUUUAUUCCAGGAUAAUAAACCUGUGUCAAUUUAACUACUGCAAACUGUACUUGCUGAUAGAGACAAAAAAUAAACUAGACUAAGAGAGAAUAUUGCACAGAAACAAAGGUAUCUACAAGAUACUCUGAAGUGUGAAUCUUGAGGGCCAGAUUCUCAGUUUUGCAUGUGUGAACACAAAACAACAGAGGGCUCUUCCCUUUGUGUCCUGGCUGCAAAAUUUCUUACCUGAUGCAAACAACACAGACAAACCACCCUUUCCCCAAGAAGGAAGAAAAAAACCAAGUUUAUGCAAAACCCAGAGAAAGCACAGAUUUUUGAUACGGUGAUUUAUAUUUAAAUAAGGCCUACAAUACAUUUAUUUAUUGUUUUCCUCUUUUUGUGUCUUCUAAACCAGGAACUCAGACAAAGGUAAAGAGACAUUAAAAGCAUGUGGAAACCUCACACCACUUUGUUCAACCUAUGCUUCAGGUCUAAGAGACUUAGUAAGAAAACCUCCCAAAAGCAACCACCACUUGUGAAAACCUAUGGCCACAAAGAAUUGACUGCAGCUGGCAUCACAGUGUUACAGCACAUCUAUAGCUGCAGUUUUCUGAUAGCAAAGGGUAUUUUGUUUUUAACCACUAUGCUGUCCUUGGUUUGAUGUGUGGCUGCUGAGAUGGAAAAACAGCACUCUCUGCAUUUCGCUUUCAAAUCUUGCAAUGUACUUUUCCACUCCUUUAAAAUGGAAAUUU